UACGAGAUUAAGUAUGACAAGGAGGACUACCUGCUGAGAGUGAAGAAGGCAUCGGCCAGUGAUGAGGGCACCUUCACCUGCCUGGCAGAGAACCGCGUGGGCAAGGUGGAGGCCUCUGCCAGCCUCACCGUCAGAGGUGAGUAAGGGCUGCCCACUGGCACUCAAUUAUUUCCUUCUUUUAUCCUAUAACCCUGAGUAAGUUCAGAAUGCCAGUCAGAACAGCUUGGCAUCUUACAAUUGUUUUAGUUUAUCAGAAAUGGGGAUGUAAGAGCUCAAUUUCACUCUCCAUAGAAACAGACAUACAUUUUAGGUUCUUGAUUAGUAGUAGUAUGACUAGUAGUAUGGUUGGUCUACUAUGGAACAGUGUCUCCACAAAUAGUAUUUCCUUCAAAUAGUGCUGACUGCCACAGCCAAGAAAGACAUGGUCUGUCUAUGAAUUCAUUUAAUUAUUUACACACACUCCAAACGGAGAACACCAUACACACACACACCUCCCCCAUGGUGGUCUGCUAUCCAUGUUAUCCCCCCAGUCACUGAAGCCAUUCCACAGUUAACUGGUCUACACCACACCACUGCACUGUAUGUGGGCAAGGUUAAUAAAAACAUUUUCACCAUAAGUAAUUAUCUUUUUGAUUUCUCAUGAUUUGGUUCUCUCUCUCUCUCUCUCUCUCUCUCUCUCUCUCUCUCUCUCUCUCUCUCUCUCUGUCUCUCUGUCUCUCUGUCUCUCGGUCUCUCGGUCUCUCUGUCUCAACCUGUGGGGUUGACUUCAAUGUUCAUUAUUUUUGACUAGUGGAUGUAUAUGAAACCUGGUCUCUGAGCCCUGCUCAGUGGGCUGAGUGUAGAAUACAUUAUGUACAGGUAGAGGUAUUCCACAGGCACGCAGAGAGAGAGGGAGAGAGAGAGAGACGAAGAAGAAUUGAGAGAGAGAGGAUGAGAAGCGGAAGAGAUUAGAGAGAGGACGAGAGAGAGAUGAGAGAGAGAGAGAGAAUGAGAGAGAGCUGAAAGAACGCGGAGGAUGAGACGAGGAUGAGACGAGAGACGGACGAGAGACUGAUGACGAAGAUGAGGAGACAAAAUUAGACGAAGAGAGAGGGAGAGAGAGAGAGAGUUACGCCUAGGAGAGAGAGACUCUCUCCACUAGCUCUUCUAUUCUUAAUGUCAAUAUGGUGCUAGUCCUCAACAGCUGUAGCCCUGAAUUAAAUAUGAAGACUGCAUCUUGAUUUAUCUCUUUCUAUUCUCUAGUUCUCUCUCUCUCUCUUUCUCUCAAUGAUUAACACACACCCUGCCUUGCUGUUCCAAACACACACCACCCUAGGAGCUGUAGAAUUCAUUAAUGCAGACAGAGGAGAUCCAAUAAUAAGAAGACUUCAGAGCCCCCAUAUUCUGAGUAAGAAUAUGUUAAUGUUAACAGAGCAUUGCCCAGAAAUACUAUUGAUCUAUUCAUUGAUCCAUUCCACCACAAGUUGGUGCUAUAUUCAGAUUGGGUAUCCCUAACAGUUCGAGUGAGAGGCUCUUUUACAUAGUACACGGUGUGCAGUAAAUAACAAUGGAUUGGAAAAUCCCUUUCUAUAGUAUCGUAUCUGUCAUGCUUACCCUGUGCUGGAAAGGUGUACCCCAACACGACAUGUCAUUCAUUCAACUUUUUGAUUUCUGUUUUCUUAUUUCAUAUGAUUUGUUUGUAUGUUUAUCUUUUGACUUCCUUAUUUGUUUUUCCACCUCUCCAUUGUUGUUUCCAGCUCGCCCUGUAGGUAAGUACCAUCCUGAUGAUCCCACUCCAUCCUGCAUGUUCUCUCCAUACACACACCUGCACCUCACUGCCUUGCAGAGUGCAACCGACCCUUAACCUACUGUACUAACUAACACAGGUGUUGUAUCACUAUGUACCACACCUUUACCGUUAAACCCUGUGUGUUUAUCUCAAAUGGUUACAGAGGGGACUAUUUAGGACAGUCAUCAGCUUCAGCCUCGCUUGCUUACUAACCUGGUAAUGAACUAAUCCCUAGCUGUCUAGAGUACCUAGGUGAUGUAUCUGUAUUGUAGUGUGUCUGUCUAAGCCAUAGCUGUCUCUAGUUUCCCCUAGUUGUCCCCCCAGGGCCCAGUGCACCCAGGGCAUUUACCAUCCACGUGUUGAGUCCAUCUGCGGUACUUGGCACUGGCACACAGACAUGGGAUCUGUAUGUCUUGGAUAGAGUUGCUUCCUUUGGUCUGGGAAAUAAAGUAGGACAUCUCAGUCAUUGCUGCUGUUCUAUUUUCUUUACAAAUGGAUCUGGAGGAGACAUGGAGUCAGGGCAAUUUGAAACUCUUAGAAGUGUUAUGGCUUCCAGUACAGUAAAUGGUGAGAAGUAUCAGUUUGAGCUGUUUGGGUUUUGACAUCUGGGAAGAGAUAUGGGAGAGAGAGAGACAAUUGUGUGUAGGGAGAGAAAGGGGAAGGUGUGUGUAGUGGUAGGGCAGAGAGAGGAGAGGUUAGGAGCAGGGGUGCGUGUCAGGGCUAGUUUGUCUAGCAGAAGGAAGACUGACGUUGGAGGAAUGGCAGGACCUUCAUUGCCAAAACAGCAGCGGCCGUCCCCAGAUUGCCACGAACUGUCAAGCUGCAGGAAGUUUUAGGAAAUUAAACAUUCAGCCUGCCCAUGAGAACGAGACAGUAAUUGCUUUUGAAAUGUGAAUAAAAUAUGAUUGAAUGGGAUUUAAAGAAAUGAGAAAACAAUGCUUGUGUCCGUCGGUCUGUUCAUUUGUUCAUGGCUGAAUCCCCUCCAACCCGGGGCAGAUGUGUCUUGUCAUGAAUUAAAUAUGGGGGUUUGAUCAUCAUUCUCCCUCGGAGGGGACAGGAAGUAGGCUAUCACUAGUCUUUAGGGUCCCUGUAUCAAACAGCCUCUGUGUGUUAGACGGCUUCACACUCACUGCUGGGAUGUCGUGCCUGUCCCGCAAUUGCUAGGCGACUACAGACUUUAAAUAUGCAUCACUUGAUGGCCCCCCAAUCCAACCCAACCUCAUCACAUCAUAUCUGACCUGCUAUCACAGCUUGCUUUCCUGCUCCUUAACAAACACAGCAAUGCUACAUUGCUCUGUGUUGUGGGUGAUGCAUGUGUGAGAGAUCGAGGGGGAACGAGGGGGAACGAGGGAGACAAGGAGAGAGUGAUAAAAGAAAAGAUAGAGAGAGAGGAGAGACAAGCUGUGAGGGCAGUAAUAGAGAACAGCCUGUAAAUCGUCAAAACACUUUGAGUGAGUGCUCUGCUUUAAUGCACUGCUCAUUGGAUUGGCCAGCCAGAGAGAGAAAGAGAUGGAGAGAGAGACUAAGGGAGAGAGAGACUGAAAUGUAGGUGCUCUGUAUCAGAACCAACGUUGUGAAAUGCAGCAAGCUAUCUAAACUGAGGAGAGCCAAACAGGAAGGCUGUACAUCUAUGGCCGUCUGUAGCAUUCCUAGCUGUGUGUAUCUUUGACAAAUACACUUUCCCAAAGAAGGGAUUAGAUGGAGAAAUGAGCCAAACGGGAUGAGAUUUGCCCUGACUGGAACCAGCUGUGUUGUCAGUGGAAAGACUUACACAGGAAUCAGAAUAAAAGCCUGUCAGUGUUUUAUAGCAACAAGUCCAGUGUUUUCAUAUAAUGAUGUCAUAUGAAACAGCGUUAUAUGGUCUUGUUGAAAGCUUUGUGAUCAUGCAUUUUAAGAAAUCUCUCUUUUAUCUGUUGGCUAUUUCCUCUGCUGGCUCGCCAUACCAAAUAUUAACUAAGUUGCAGAUGCCACUCCUGCUUUGGGAACUCUCAGACAACAGUAGAAAACUUAUUUGUAAGUCACCUGCAACAACAAUGUGGUCUAGUCUGUCAGAGAUGUAGUCUGUGGUCGGUAGUUAGCUAGUAACUGUAUUCUCUUUCAUUUCAUUUGAACAUUGUCAAAAGUUACUAAGUGAUGAAUGACUUUAUCCUCGCUUGAAGAAAAGUGAGAACAAGUUUGACUGUUAAAAGGAUCUAAAAGUUUUGCUUCUAGCUUUGAUUUCUGAUGCUAUCUCUGGGUUAUACUUGACUGAAGUUUGGGAUUGGUGUCUAUAAUUGGUUGAUUUGAAUUUCCUCUGCGGGAUGCCUUUCCUCUCUGAAUGUUUUAGGAGUGUAAGAGCUAACAUCUCACCACCAUCACAGGCCAACCUAGUGUGGGGCCUAGAGACCUGUUAGCACUGAUAAACCCAACCAGCAGAGGUCAACAGCCAACAUCAGAUAAGACUUAUGGUCAGCCAUUGCACUUUUGUCAUUAAAUGAGAAUGGUUUGUCAUGAAAUUUAAUCUCUUAUAUGAAGGCAUCUUAAAGUGUAAGAUCAAGAUAAUGAGAAAGCAAUGCCUCAUUGAGCCUUUAAUGACUACCAGAAGACAGAGAGAAAAGCCGACCCUUUAUACAGUAUGUCAGUGUGUAUCCUGGAACACACUGCACUGUAUCCCAAUGAAUCACUCCUCUAGUUCUUUAUUUGUGUAGGAGAGAGUGGAUGUGUCUCGGGGAUUUGCUAAGUGUGCUAAAGUUUGGCGAGGACACAUUUGUAUAUGUUGCAUUACAACACAUUAAGAUGAGCAGGGAAACAGUGAGAGUGGAAUGAAACAUCCCAGAUGUAAUAUCUCUCUGCUGGCUCCUUGAGUGUGCCUGCUCGGUCUGCCAUCACGGACCCACUCCUUAGUUGUUUAAUUGGCUUCUGGAGAGUCCAGUUGAGUAAUAAAGGUAAUUUUCCUGGGGUGGUGAGUGGUGGGAGUGAGAGAGAGUGUAGUGCUUGAGUGGUGGGUGAGAGAGGGGUUAAGAGGGUGUAAGGCCUGUGUCCUCCCCCUGAGGGACCCAUGAGACAGAAACUGGGUUCUGUUCAUUUUUUUCAUUCUAUCCUCACAAGGUUUUCUCUGUAUCUUUUUUUCUGUGUAGCCUAGCUACAUUAUGUCUAACUAACUCUCCUGAUGCCAUUGUGACUGAGACACUGCUGCUGUUUGUGAACACUGACGACCGUCAUUCAUUCAGCUUCAUCCUGGAUGAAUGGCCUUGAGUGGUUACCAUGGCGUUAUCGUGACAGUCCUUGGUGUUUGUCCUCCAAUCAGAAUCAAUGGACGGAACACGCUGCAUGGAAGCUCUAUAAAAGUGUUCUUCGGCUGUCCCCGUAGGAUAACCCUUUGAAGAACCCUUUUUGGUUCCAGGUAGAAACCCUUUGGUUCCAGGUAGAAUCCUUUUGGGUUCCAUGUAGAACCCUUUCCACAUAGGGUUCUACAGGGAACCCAAAAGAGUUCUACCUGGAAGGGUUCUCCUAUGGGAACAGCCAAAGAGCCCCUUUGGAACCCUUUUUUCUAAUAGUGUAGGACAUGCCCAUUUUGAUUUGUCCUUGUGGUGCCUGACUGUUCUUUUGCUUGAACACCCCAAACCCCUUGAUUGUGCCCCAUGCUUCACCACUGAGUUCUAACCCUGGUGUUUCUGCCCUUUGACCCCAGCUGCACCCCAGUUCGUCAUCAGGCCACGGGACCAGAUUGUGGCCCAGGGUCGCACCGCCACCUUCCCCUGUGAGACCAAGGGCAACCCCCAGCCUGCAGUCUUCUGGCAGAAGGAGGGCAGCCAGGUAAGAAGAGCACGUAAACACAUCUCAAUGACCCAUAGCAGGGCCUGGAGCUUUUCCUGAACACCCCGACCUGACCAGGAAGAACAUGGUCAGGAGAAACUACUGGCCUGUAAAACAACUUGGUCCAGUCUUCAACUACUGGUCCUAUACUAUAAAGAACUGUAAAACAGCUUGGUCCAGUCUUCAACUACUGGUCCUAUACUGUAAAGAACUGUAAAACUGCUUGAUCCAGUCUUCACCUACUGGUCUUGUACUGUAAAGAACUGUAAAACAGCUUGUUCCAUUCUUCAACUACUGGUCCUAUACUGUAAAGACCUGUAAAACAACUUGGUCCAGUCUUCAACUACUGGUCCUGUACUAUAAAGAACUGUAAAACAGCUUGGUCCAGUCUUCACCUACUGAUCCUAUACUGUAAAGAACUGUAACACAGCUUGGUCCAGUCUUCAACUACUGGUCCUAUACUAUAAAGAACUGUAAAACAGCUUGGUCCAGUCUUCAACUACUGGUCCUAUACUGUAAGGGCCUGUAAAACAGCUUGGUCCAGUCUUCAUAUCUCUGUAUUUACUAGAAUGUUCAGUGUUUGUACAUCCAUUGUGUGUCCACCAAUCAUUAUUUAUGAGUAGCAGUUAUUACUGUGUAACUGUACUGUCUAGUGUUGUCAGCAUACACACUACUUAGAUUGGAUAGUAACCAUGCCCUUGGCUGUGUGGGGAGGACCCUGCUGUGUCUAGGAUGUUAGUCUGUGUGACACUCAGCUCCCCAGUUCUACACACACACGUGCGUACACACACACACACACAUAGAGCAAACUAUGCUAUCUCCCAUCAGUAUCUCUGGCACACACACAACACACCAGAUACACAUUUGUGUGGCCGGUGAGGAGCUAAUCAGUUCCCAUGACACUGUGCUGAUAACAGUGAUCCUAUCCCUCACACAGAGCAGAGCGGAUAGCCCAUUCACAUACCUGUAGGUCCUCCCAGUCCACACAACAACAACAGCAGUAAUUAGGAGCCAGCCAGGACCUGUAGAUGAGCCAGAGAUAUGAUUCAGCUCUGGCUGGGAGUCACACACACACACACACACACCACACACACACUCACACACACACUGAGUCUGGGGCCAUACAAUUACAGCAAAGUGCCACUUAGAGAUUGGGAAGGAGUGAAAUGCACAUUUGCAUGCAACACACACACACUGAUACUGAACACACAGGCACUGAACAAGCCUAUUCUCAGCCCAUUCUCACAUCAAAGGUAAGUGAUGAAUCCUAUCUGACUCACUGCAACAGGGCGUACUGAGCAUGUACAUACACAGAUCAGCAUUCAUUUACACCAGUAUCCUCUCAGUAAAUAGACCCCCAUGUACUGUGACUGUGCCCCAAGUCAUUUACAUUGAUUUCACAAUAGCCAAGUAAAAACACUAUGUUCCCUCUCUCUGCCUCUUGGUUUAUUGAUGCUUCUUACCUUUUCUAUCCGCAUCGCCACUCUCUCUCUAUGAUUGUCCCCCUAAUCUCAUCUCUCUCGAGCUGUGAAGUCAUCAGAUCUAUCUUCGCCUGUCUAUCCUCUAUGCUCUCGUAUCUGAUCUAUAUGCCUCUCUCCUCUGCUCUCUUCUCUCUCUCUCUCUCAAUUCAUUCAAUUCAAUUCAAUUAAGGGCUUAUUGGAUGGGAAGAGAGUAAGGAUAAAGAGAGAGGGAGAGGGAGGUAGUGAAGGAAAUAUAGAGGGGAGAGAACAGGUGAUGGUAGCGUGGAAGGGGAGAGAGGUAGAGGGGUGGAGGUAGACAAUGAAAGGAUAGACGUAGAGAUGUGAAGGGAGGUAACUGACGGCAUACAUGAGACGAGUGAUAACAUGAGGAGGUAGCGACAUGUACGAUGAGCGGUAAGACGUGAGGUAGCUCUAGAGUCCGAUAAUAGGAGAUGAGUGCUUGUAGUAUGAGGGAUCAUUAGAUUAGAGGUGGAGGGUAGCAAGAAAUGGAGAGGUGAGGUAGCUAGGGAUGGUAAGGAUGAGUAGUAGACUGGAACUAGAGCGGGUAAGGCUGAAGAUGGUACAUGUAGGACGGUGAAGGUGAUGUCCUAGAAGGAUACUAUAGAGAGGUAGAGUGAAGGUGCUAAUGAUCCAUAGAGAGGUAGAGUGUGCAGUAGCUGAAGGAUACCAUAGAGAGGUAGAGGUGAGGUAGCUGAAGGAGGUAGAAGGUGAUGUAGCUGAAGGAUGUAGAGGUGAGGUAGCUGAAGGAUACUAUAGAGAGGUAGAGGUGAGGUAGCUGAAUGAUACCAUAGAGAGGUAGAGGUGAGGUAGCUGAAGGAGGUAGAGGUGAGGUAGCUGAAGGAGGUAGAGGUUAGGUAGCUGAAGGAUACUAUAUGGAGGUAGAGGUGAGGUAGCUGAAGGAUACCAUAGAGAGGUAGAGGUGAGGUAGAUGAAGGAUACCAUAGAGAGAUAGAGGUGAGGUAGCUGAAGGAGGUAGAUGUGAGGUAGCUAAAGGAGGUAGAGGUUAGGUAGUUCAAUGAUACUAUAGAGAGGUAGAGGUGAGGUAGCUGAAGGAUACCAUAGAGAGAUAGAGGUGAUGUAGCUGAGGGAUACUAUAGAGAGGUAGAGGUGAGGUAGCUGAAUGAUACUAUAGAGAGGGAGAGGUGAGGUAGCUGAAGGAGGUAGAGGUGAGGUAGCUGAAGGAUACCAUAGAGAUGUAGAGGUGAGGUAACUGAAGGAUACCAUAGACAGGUAGAGGUGAGAUAGCUGAAGGAGGUAGAGGUGAUGUAGCUGAAGGAGGUAGAGGUGAGGUAGCUGAAGGAUACUAUAGAGAGGUAGAGGUGAGGUAGCUGAAUGAUACCAUAGAGAGGUAGAGGUGAGGUAGCUGAAGGAUACCAUAGAGAGGUAGAGGUGAGGUAGCUAAAGGAGGUAGAGGUUAUGUAGCUCAAGGAUACUAUAGAGAGGUAGAGGUGAGGUAGCUGAAGGAUACCAUAGAGAGAUAGAGGUGAUGUAGCUGAGGGAUACUAUAGAGAUGUAGAGGUGAGGUAGCUGAAAGAGGUACAGGUGAGGUAGCUGAAGGAGGUAGAGGUGAGGUAGCUGAAGGAUACUAUAGAGAGGUAGAGGUGCAGUAGCUGAAGGAUACCAUAGAGAGGAAGAGGUGAGGUAGCUGAAGGAUACUAUAGAGAGGUAGAGGUGAGGUUGCUGAAGGAGGUAGAGGGGAGGUAGCUGAAGUAUACCAUAGAGGGGUUGAUGUGAGGUAGCUGAACGAUACUAUAAAGAGGUAGAGGUGAGGUAGCUGAAGGAGGUAGAGGGGAGGUAGCUGAAGGAUACCAUAGAGAGGUUGAGGUGAGGUAGCUGAAGGAUACCAUAGAGAGGUAGAGGUGAGGUCUCAGCCAAUGUCAACACUCCUCCUGCAGGACAUUAUAGCGCUACUGUUCAGCACUAAAUAUCUUGGAUUUAGUAAACCACCAGCAAAUCUGACAUUUUCAAUGAAUCAGACCUGCCGCCCUCCCUUCCUCUGGCUCUGCUAUGGACACAUUCAAUAGAGCCGGAAACUCCAUGGGGUGGGCUGUGGGCUGGGGAUGGGGCUGUGGGCCUGGGACUGAGGGGGGGACCGGGGGAGACUGUGUGUAAACAAAGCAGCCCCAGACCAAUUAUGAGAAGCAAAGCUAUCAAAUGAAACAAGCUAUCAAAGCCAGACCAGGAGUAGAGAGAGAGGCUCAGACUGGAUUCCCUCCCAGCUCUCUGGAGCCUCUGGCAUGGCUGUCUGGGGGAAUACAUGCUGGCCAUUAUGUGUAACCACGCCAUCAGAUGUGACAGUUGUGUGUAAUUCAUUAACCUGGUGAUGAAUGGAAUGGAUAUUUUAACUGUCCGUGUGUGUGUGUGUCCAGGCCAGAGUGAUGAAGCUAUGUGAAUGUGUGUGUCAGUUGGAUGUGUUCCUGGCUGUAAUGGGUCCAUGUCCCUCUACUAAUUGGUCUGCUUCCUCUCUUCCUGCAGAACCUGCUGUUUCCCAACCAGCCCCAGCAGCCCAACAGUCGCUUCUGUGUGUCCUCCAGUGGAGACCUGACCAUCUCGGCCGUGCAGCGGGCAGACGCAGGCUACUACAUCUGCCAAGCCCUGACCGUGGCUGGCAGCAUCCUCGCCAAGGCCCAACUGGAGGUCACAGAUGGUGAGGCCUGCCGAAUACCCACCCCAAUGCCAACACGCUACAGCGCCACGCUGUAAUGCAGCACGCAUACACACUCUGCUAUGCUGUCAGCACACACACCACACACACACACACACACACACACACACACACACACACACCACGCACACACACACACACACACACACACACACACAGAGACAUAAAUGCAGACACACACAAACUCGUACAGACACAUAAUACACACAGACAUACACAAUCUGACACACAGCCUUCACUGUACUCCAACUAGAUAACACACACAUGAUUUAGCAGUGAGGAAAGAUUAUUUAAUGUGUAGUGAAUUAAUCAGAGCACAUGCCUUGCCCGGUUGACUCUCUAAUGUGGAUUUUGGCCUUGAGCGUCCCCAUCCCCAAAAGUACUGGUGAAAAUGUAGCGUAAAACAAACAGCAUUUUACCAUGUGCAGGUAUUUUGUCUGAGCAAUAUCUACAAAUUAUACUUGCCCAUGACCUUGCUUUUGCAAUAUUUCAUGUUUUAUUUUUUGGGGUCACAACAGAAUUUAAUGAAAUACUUGUUAAAGUUUAGCUGGAGAGGGAAUACAGCAUUGCCCUUGAGUCUCUCAGUAUAAUGGUCAUCAGCUUCUGUCUGAGCGAAGCAGUGAGUCAAGGACUGUGUGAGUGAGUGAGUGAGUGAGUGAGAGAGUGAGUGAGUGAGUGAGUGAGUGAGUGAGUGAGUGAGAGUGAGUGAGUGAGUGAGUGAGUGAUUGAGUGACAACAGUUAGCAUGUCUGCAGGAUGACUUAUGAGGGCCUGCUCAGUCCCACUGCCUCUAAUCUGUUCUGCUGUCGAGAUGGGAAGACAGAUAGACAGCCAAUCAGAUGCUUUGUGAUGGAUCAGCCUGGGGAAAUUUUGUAAGAGAAGGAGAUUUGAAUUCAAAAUUACCAUGUUUCCUGGUAUAACUGCUUUUUUAUGUCCCUAAAAACGCCAAGGGUUUUAGACGUCAUAACCUUAGGACACAUGACUCAUCUCAUGUUCCAGUGUUUAAGAUUUACUGUGUAUGAACUGUCUGUUGGGACACACUUAAACACUCGUCCUUGAGUCUGCAUGCACACAUCCUCUAUUCUAAGGGUGUGUGGUGCUGAAAUUGUAGUGAAUGUGUCUGUCUGUCUAUGCCUGUGUGUAGGUGUAAGGAGGUAAGGGAGUGUAUGGCUGGACUGUGUAAGAUGUGGAACGUGUGAGGGUGAUGGGUGUUAGGCAGAGACGAGGGAGGAUAGGAGAAGAGGAGGAGGAGAGGAGGAGGAGUGCUGUCUGGCUGGCUGGCUGGGGCGAGGUCAUGGUCACAUCCUGCUGCUGGGAGCAGGUGAUUCAGUGUCCUGCGGGGCCAGCAGAGCUCGCUGGGUUCAAGGAGAUCGGUAAUGAUAAAUUCCUGAUGCAAAAAGUCAAGGCCCCCCCGCCCCCCUCCUCUCCUCCUCUCCUCCCCAGCCUCCAUCACUUCAUUACGCGAUCCAUCCACCAUCCUCGUCAUUCCCUCCCUGCUGGACCAGACAAGCCAAACUCACCCAGGGUUUUAUCAUAUUUUCUGUCAUAUCUUAACAUGUAAUGCAAUGGAGUCAUUACUCAGAGCAGAGGGGAUCAUUAAGACAUAUAACAGAACCCUUCCAGGUGUGUUUCAGUGUCUAAGUCUAAGAUCUUGGCAUACAUAGGGCUCCAUCUGAGCCAAAUAUGGCCAUUAGAAUCAUGCCAAGUGAUAACAGUGACAAGCAGAUAACUCCCUCAGUGAGUUAAUGGGGAAGGUAGAACUAACAGCGAGGCCUUACAUUUACAUUUUAGUCAUUUAGCAGACGCUCUUAUCCAGAGCGACUUACAGUUAGUGGGUGCAUACAUUUUUUUUUACUGGCCCCCCGUGGGAAACGAACCCACAACCCUGGCGUUGCAAGCGCCAUGCUCUACCAACUGAGCUACACAGGGCCUCAGAUGGACAGAUAGGGCUGUUUUUAAUGCUCUCUGGGUGUGGGUUAGGCUCACGGUAAACCUGGUUGAUGUAUUUAACCACCAGCUUUUCUGAUAAAAGCAUUCCAGCGUGGUGGAUGAGGUGGGAAUAUUAUCACUGAAAUAGAUUAAAUUAUUAAUUCAGCAGGGACCAUAUGGUGUAGAUUCACCUUCAUACCAUGGUUCUCUCAGCUAAAGAUAAUCAUGCCAUGGUUCUGUCAGCUAAAGAUAAUCAUGGUUCUCUCAGCUAAAGAUAAUCAUGCCAUGGUUCUCUCAGUUAAAGAUAAUCAUGCCAUAGUUCUCUCAGUUAAAGAUAAUCAUGCCAUGGUUCUCUCAGUUAAAGAUUAUCAUGCCAUGGUUCUCUCAGUUAAAUAUAAUCAUGCCAUGGUUAUCUCAGUUAAAGAUUAUCAUGUCAUGGUUUUCUCAGCUAAAGAUAAUCAUGCCAUGGUUUUCUCAGCUAAAGAUAAUCAUGCCAUGGUUCUUUCAGUUAAAGAUAAUCAUGGUUCUCUCAGCUAAAUAUAAUCAUGUCAUGGUUCUCACUGCUAAAAAUAAUCAUGGUUCUGCCAGCUAAAUAUAAUCAUGCCAUGGUUCUCACUGCUAAAGAUAAUCAUGGUUCUGCCAGCUAAAUAUAAUCAUGCCAUGGUUCUCACUGCUAAAGAUAAUAAUGGUUCUGCCAGCUAAAUAUAAUCAUGCCAUGGUUCUCACUGCUAAAGAUAAUCAUGGUUCUGCCAGCUAAAGAUAAUCAUGUCAUGGUUCUGCCAGCUAAAGAUAAUCAUGGUUCUCUCAGCUAAAGAUAUUCAUGGUUCUCUCAGCUAAAGAUAAUCAUGGUUCUCUCAGCUAAAGAUAAUCAUGCCAUGGUUCUCUCAUACCAAGGCAAGUAUGUUUCUUCCGUCCCUCCUUCUGACUUCCCUGCAGGAGAGAAAGAGAAAGAAAGAGAUAGUAAAGAGAGAGAGAAAGAGGAAGAGAGAGAGAGGGUGUGAUGAUAUGUUGAAAGGUUAGCGAGGUUGACUGUCUAAUUAGCCCCUGCAGGUCUGACAUCAUGAAUCCCUACCUGUUAGUUAAUGUGUGCUGUGUGAUGCCAGGGGACUCCACAUUAUUCAACACAGCUUAAAUAGAAACUGCCAGGGCACUGUAACAGUAACUCACAGAUACAGCACCUCUGACAUUUACAAUAUUUCACAGUACAACCCACAGGCAUUCUCCAACACAUUAAAAGUGCAUAUUUUCAUCCAAACAGCAUUGAACAUUAGCAUUGAUAUAAACAAAGCAAAAAAAUGAUUUUAUUUUAUUUUCCUCACAGUUUUUUUGUUACAUUAUUGCAAUUCUGACUCAUUUCGAUAAUUUCCGUGGGGUACUACUCUCUGGGGAGGGAAAUGUUUGUUUCAGUUCUGGGUGUUAGUGGGACCUCUGAUAGUGUUCCCCACUAAACAUGAUGGAUUAUUUAUCUGAACCUCCCUGAGUCAACAGGCAGUGCCCUUGCCACUGUAUGCCACCACAGACUCCUGGGUAGGGUGUACAAUUUAAGGGUAUUUAGCCUGUAACUGGAAACCCCCUCCCACCUCCAGCCACAUCAAUAGACAGUCUGGAAAACAAUACUCAGCAAUUCUUUCUCCGCUUCCUGGAAGCACAGUCAGGGCGUCGUCAUUGUCCUGUGGUGGAAUUACAAGACCUGCUGAGAAAGACCAGCUUUAUGAUACCGUUACCACAUCCUUUCACUUUAUGAUAAAUCCAUUAAAAGGCUUGCAGAUGUAGGAUCUUAAUUUGAUCACCCUGUUGAGGAUAACUUUCCUGUGCAAGACAUGUUUAACUUGUAGUGUUUUUGAGGUUUAAAAAGGAUUCGGAAUUUGUAAUUUCCACUUUGAAAUGUCAGACUUUAUUUUUGCUUGUGGAAAAACCCCUACAAACAUUUUAUAAUCCACAUAAUAAUUCACAUUAUCUGUUGCUGCAGAAUAUUUUUCCUGCUGUAGCAAACUGGCUCAAAUUAAGAUCCUACAUAUGUAUAUUGAAGGUUCCAUCUAUAUCAUACCCCUUUUACUAGUGUAAUGCAUUGUGUGGCUCUUCUGACAAAUUCUCGCUCUGUCUCUCAUCCUAUCCCAGUGCUGACAGACAGGCCGCCGCCCAUAAUCCGUCAGGGCCCGUCCAAUCAGACGCUGGGGGUGGAUAGCGUGGCCCUGCUGAAGUGCCAGGCGUCAGGAGACCCUAUCCCCUCCAUCAGCUGGCUGAAGGAUGGGGUCAGUCUGCUGGGGAAGGACCCCCGCAUGUCCCUGCAGGAGCUGGGAAGCCUCCAGAUCAGGAGCCUCAGGGUGAGAACCACUGGAACCACAGCCUGGUCCAGUCAUAAAGAGAACUACACAUACACUAGUAAUGGUGUUUAUAUGAUGUGGGCUGUAAAUAUGCUACGUACUAUUGUGGUAACCUUGUCUGCAGCCCCUGGUUCUCUAUCUCCCUGUUUCCAUCCAUUCCCCUUAAUGGAUCUCUGUCUGGGACUCUGUCUCCUCUCUCUCCCCUCUGUGUGUGUCACAUGCUUAGGCAUGCAUGAGCAUGAUGUGAGGAGUCAUAUUGCUUUAAAGAGAUGAAUGGGCAGUAUUGAUUUUAAUAAAUUGUUUGAUACUAUCAGUUAGUGACACGAUGGCUCUUACAAGACUCCGCUGUAGAGGGCUGGACGGCUUCCAGCUGCAGAGUAGAGGAGGGGUGAACAGU